AUGAGACAGUGGAACAGUUCUUGUGCUUCUGCCCUGCCUUUACAAGAAUUAGGUGUUGAGAGACGAACAUCUGAGAAAGAGCGCUUUCUUUACUAUCGCAAUGUCAGCUACAACUACAAUCCGAAUCAUGUGGCAAGCUUAAAUAUUACUACCAUCAAUAGUUCACAAGGCGUUCUUAUACAUUUUACACCAGCACACAAUAUUACCAAGAAUAUUUGGUUGGAUUUGGCAGUGUUAAUGAAACCGCUGAAUGCUGACAAAUUUCAACCUGUCUUAAAUUUCAAUUUGAAUGGCUGCGCUUUGCUGAGACGCUCCUCUGGCCCAAAUGGAUUUGACAUAGCCAAGAGAUGGGCGAAUAAUUUCUUGAAUUCGGGUAGUGUGCCAAUAUCCUGUCCGGUAUUGAAGAAUAACUAUACGUGGAGCAUAUACCCGACAAAGAAAAAUGGCGUACCCAUCUUACAGUUAGAGGGAUUCUAUCGGCUGAUAGCGAAUUUAUAUUUUAAGCGUUCGAAGAGAAUUGAAAGUUUUGUAAAUACAAGCACUACAUCGGAACUUAUGUAUAAAUAA